GCAGGGUGUACGCUGCCCAGUCAUGGUCUUAUAAAAAUACAAUACUGCCGGGCUGUUAGAAACUGGUGAGCCGGAUACAAGUAGCCUACCAACGAGGUAGUGACUCUUACCAUAUCUAGAGUAAACUUCACACAGGAUGCCAGGAUCAGCCCCAAUCAGUUGUUUGGGCCCAUGGCCCAAAGAUGUGGGUAUCAUUGCCAUGGAACUAUACUUCCCGUCCCAGUAUGUGGACCAGGCUGAGCUGGAGCAAUUAGACUGUGUGCCAGCUGGUAAAUACACUGUGGGCCUGGGCCAAGCUCGCAUGGGCUUCUGUUCAGAUCGCGAGGACAUCAACUCUUUGUGCCUCACAGUGGUCCAGAGGCUGAUGGAGAGGAAUGACCUCUCUUAUGACAGUGUGGGUCGACUGGAGGUCGGCACUGAGACCAUCAUUGACAAGUCCAAAUCUGUCAAGACAGUUCUCAUGCAGCUGUUUGAGGACUCUGGCAAUACAGAUGUGGAGGGCAUUGACACUACAAAUGCCUGCUACGGAGGUACCGCUGCACUCUUCAAUGCUGUCAACUGGGUGGAGUCCAGCUCAUGGGAUGGGCGUUAUGCUUUGGUUGUUGCCGGUGACAUUGCUGUCUACGCCACAGGAAGUGCCCGGCCAACAGGGGGUGCAGGUGCAGUGGCCAUGUUGGUUGGGCCUAAUGCUCCUCUGGCCUUUGAACGAGGUCUGCGAGGAACCCAUAUGCAGCAUGCAUAUGACUUCUACAAGCCAGACCUGGUGUCAGAGUAUCCUGUGGUCGAUGGCAAGCUGUCAAUAGAGUGCUAUCUAAGUGCCUUGGACCGCUGCUACUCUGUGUAUCGCAACAAGAUCCAUGCACAGUGGCAAAGAGGUGGGUUGAACUGUUGUCUAGAUGUACAGCCAGAACAGACCUUCUUUGACCGGGAUGUGGAGAAGGCCUUCAUGAAGGCCAGUGCAGAUCUGUUUGAGAAGAAGACCAAGCCCUCCCUGCUGAUCUCCAACCAGAAUGGAAACAUGUACACCCCCUCUGUCUAUGGCUGCCUGGCAUCACUCAUUUCACAACACACACCUUCACAGAUAGCAGGAGAGAGGAUUGGCGUUUUCUCCUAUGGUUCAGGAUUUGCUGCUACUCUGUAUUCUCUCAGAGUUACUCAAGACCACACACCCGGAUCUGGUCUGGACAAACUUGUUUCCAGCCUAAGUGACCUGAAGGUCAGACUGGACUCAAGGAAGAAGGUGUCACCUGCUGUCUUCUCUGAGAACAUGAAGCUGAGAGAGGAGACACAUCACUUAGCCAGCUACGUCCCCCGAAGCUCAGUGGAGGAUCUUUUCCCAGGUACAUGGUACCUCACACGAGUGGAUGACAAACACCGCAGGGAAUACGCUCGAAGACCUCUGGAUGAUGACCUGGCAGCAGAGCCAGAACUUGUUCGCUCCAGCACUGCUAAUGAGCACAUCCCCAGUCCAGCCAAGAAAAUGCCUCGCAUCCCUGCAGCCACUGCUGGCCCUGAGGCUGCCAUCAGCAACUGAGAGCACUCUGCUUACCUCUGAGAGGUAUCAAGGUCCAACAGUUUAGAAACUGUAAUAACUAGACAACACUACAAGACAGAAGGCUAGAAAGAGACAACGGCGUCACCUCCAAAAUCAUUACUCAUUGAAUUAACUAGGUUGGAGCAGCAUGUCAUGAAAGUGUACAGUGUUCUGUGAAGGCCAGUGGACAGCUGUAGCCACUCCUCAGCUACAUGUAGCCUUCCCAUUAUCUACAUGUAAUACUGUCAGACAGUAAACUAUAUUUGUCUAGUCUAGGGUCUAUUUUGAACACAAUAAUGAUUUGUUUUAGCAGUCCUUUUAUUUCAAUAUUAAUGUUUGUACAUAUUAUCCUCUUGCAUUCGUGCAAAAUGGACAGUUAUAUUUGGGAGAAGUACAGGCAGAUGUUUGCAUAGGGUGUUGCUGAUACUGAGUUAAACAAGCAGACUUCCUCCUGGCAGCUGGCAGCCAGUGACAGGAAGAGGAAAUGGAUAUUAAUUAAUUAAUGUGGCUACAGGCCUCUUGCUGAUUAAAAGAUUGAAGAGAAGUGGGCCUCAUCAGUAAUGUGUUAAAGUAGUGUUACUGCUGCCACAACACCCCAGUAUGAGAUGGAGUUCAUACCCCUGCUCUGCUGUUUGUGUUCAGUACUACAGUUUUCAUUGAAAGCAUGUGGUCAGCUUUCUACAGGACUCUGCAGGUUUAUUAUGUGACCAAACAUCAGGAACAGCGGGACUCAAGACUCAAAGUAAUGCUCCACCCAGAGGGCUUCAGAGUCCUCUCUCAGCAUGCACAUAGUGGGUGGAGUCUCAUUUUAAACUGUUGUUGACUGCUGUAGCUGAGAUAUGCAUCUGCACAGAACAUGUAAACUGUCUUACACUUGGUAAAAAAAAAAUCCUUAAGCAGAGAGAUACACUGUUGGAAAGAUACAUGUUCAACUAAGGCUGUUCUGGAUAACACCAGUGGAAUAUGGAGUAAUCCAUAAUGAUGGAUUAUUCCAUUUGCUUUUAUUACCAUUAAAUGUCUAAACCCAGUAAAUGAUGUUUACUCCCCCUUCCAAAGAAUUGUUCUGAUUUUCAGUCUAUUAAGAAACCACAUGAGAUGUACUGCAGCAUACAGUAUAAUAGGUCAUAUGUUUUAAAAAAUACUUGUUAACACUUAUUUUUUUCUGUUGAUAAAACAUAGUUGGUUAAUUGAUAAGUUGAUUAUCAGUAAAUGUUUAAUAAAUUAGUCAUUCAACUAAUUUAUCGAGCAAAAAGGAAAAACAUUCUUGGUUUCAGUGUCUCAAUUGUUGUUGGUUUUUAAAAUGUUUUUUACAGAGUUGAUGAGUAGUUAGAUUGGAUAUGAUUGUCAGUUGCAGCCUAUCUUUUUCUACAUCUACUGCAAAACCAGAGGUAGUGUCUGUCUCACUGCUCGCACAUGUAUAGUAACACAUAGUGUAACUGUUCACUAUAAUGGAGAAAGAUAGAGUACCCAGUAAGGUAGUUUAAAAUUGUGGUCAUCACAACAUAAGGAAUUGCAGUGGUCAUCCUUCAGUGUCUAUGAGCUCUUCUCAUUGUAAUGUUGCUCAGUAGUAGAACUCACAGAAGAGUGCUGUCAGCAUAAGUGGAUUUGGACAUUUCUUUCACCAGUGACACCUAAAAGAAAAAAUCAUUAAACUAGUGUCAUUCUUAAAAGUACAAUCAGCAAGAUACUGUAUAGCUUUUUAGUGCAAACCUCUCAGAUUUGACUAAAAUAUAUAUGUUGGGACAAGUUUGAAACUCAAACUCAAACAGGCUCAAAUUCACCGGAGACAGAGUCCUGCACGGGUCAAUUUUUCCAAAAAAAAGUUAAAUAUUUUAGCAUGCUCCUUCCACCACCUAAAAAGGGUCUUCCUUGGGUGUCUUGAACUUGAUGUAAGCUGCCACCCCAUCUUCGGGCUGCAAAGUUUCAUGGCUGGAGUCCUCCAUGUCCAUGUCAGUGACGAUUGUGGCGAGGGGGUCAAAGGUUUGAUUUGUGCCACUGACUUUCAAAAUACAAGGAGUUGAUAUUUGCACAUUACACAGCUUUUUGCGGGCUACACGUUGUGUACCCCAACCCCCAUCCCCGGGUCAGGACUCUGAUUGGAGGAGCCGCACUUCUGCCUAGAACAAAUGCAGUCUGACACAACACCACUGCAAUAAAUCUGACCUCCAUCAAGGUCCAGUCUGGUGAUGUGUGCUUGCUGUUGAUUUGAAUAGUCAUGCUGAAGGUGUUUAAUAUUUUGUUCACCCCAUUUAUAUGAAUGAGGGUUAACCACAAAUAUAACACCUCUUUGUGUAAUAUAGAUUAACCAUGAUGUUGAAUCACCACCUCCAAAACAACUGUUUGAACACAAUCUUAAAACCUAAACUGGAAACAAAGUAUAAUAGAACCUGUGUCCUAUUAAAAGAUUUGUCUGUGUAUUUCAUUCCUUCAUAAUGCUGUGCAAGGCAUCUUAGGUUCCUGAUUUGUCCUAGAGAUAUAAUGCAACUUUGCUCCAGUUUUACAAACGCUGAACAGAGUGCAAAGGAGAUGGUUGAUAGCCGAGGGACCAAGGAGUCUGGAGCAUCCCUACCAAAUACACAGAGCUGUCCUGGCUCUGCCUUAUUAAAAGUUUGCAAGCAGCAGCAGUGCAAUGAUAUAUUUUUGUGUAAAGGUUUAGUAAAAAAAAAACAACAGAUCGCACCAUCAAGGUGUAUAUGUUUUGUGUUAUGUUGUGAAACUACAUUGUUGGGCAGUGAUUGCGACAGUUUGACUGGUUUCUUUUCAUUACACCGAACUGUUACAGAUUUAUUGAAUGUGAAUAUGGACUGCAUUGUUCCACUUGUCUAUCCUUGUCAGUUUUAUUCAAAUGGCUGAAGUGUUGCAUAUUAAUUCAUACUAAAGCCUUAAUGUCAAAGGACUUUAAUCGAUGAAGUUUAAGGUCAGGAGAUUGAAUUGCAGCAUAUGGAACCAAACAACUUCAUAUCUUAUGUCAGCAAAUUCUUGUUUUGUUCUCUCUGUGUUUUGUCUCAGAUUAUUUUUCCUGUAUAUCAUCGACAUUGAUUUGACAAUAGUUUCUGUCAACAAAGAACCAAAUGUUAAAAGAGAUGAGUCUCGGGCGGAAUACAUCAGCCUUAAAUUAACAGCAUUGGUCUGUGUCUGUUCCUAUUGACCGCUGGACUGGCUCCAAGACUUGCACACAGAGGAGUAUGGACAGUUGAUAACAGGGUGACAAGGUUCUUGAGAAGCCUUACAAUAAGCAUGUAUGAACUAUAAACAAAGAUUUCCUCUAAUAAUGUACAGAUAUUCUUUUUAAUGCAACAUCAGAGUUUGUGCCUCUUCUGGCCCUGCUCACAGCAGCAUCAAAAACAUGCAGCAUCAGUGACCGUUUCUGGUAUGGUUGUAACAUUAUCUGUUUGGUGCCUGCUUAUAGGGCCUGUUUCAGAGGUCACAUCAUCUUUACCAGUGUUGAUGGUAACAAACAGAUUAUUUAUGCUGUGUAGAUAUGAAUUAUGAUUAAUUUCAUCCAGUUUGUGUGGAUUCAAAUGUGAAGACUCAGAAUAAACGGACACUCAACAUGUAA